AAAAUUGUAUAAAUUUAUUACUUGUAUCUGUAAUCACACAUGUCUCUGUAAAUUUAUUACUUGUAUAAAUUUGUAACAAAUAAUUAAAAUUGAGCUGCCAACAUGGCUUGUAAGUAGUCUCACAACUCCGGUUUUGGAUGGCUCUGGUUGAAUAAAAAUAAGCAUCACCCCUUAGAAAUGUAUCAGUUGAUAUUUAGCUUCAUAAGAAAUGUAUCAGUUGAUAUUUACGAAAUAGAUUGACAGUUGACAUACUAUAUAUCUAAUGAAUUAAUUAUAAUGGAAAAGGCGGGAAAGCCUAACUAACUCAAAUUUCUUUCAGUUUUCCAAAAAAUGCGAAAAUAUUUAUCUGAACAGCUCUCUCCCUCUCUAUAAAAUGAGCAGCUGAGGCGCAAACUGCUCAAGUUCAACAAACCUCACUCCGCCACCACUUUCACAUUUCAAUUGUGCCGACACCGCCGCCCGCGACAGCGAUAAAAUGAGUGACUCGGAGAAGUAUCUUCCGGGUUUCGAGUUUGUUCCGAGGGAUAACGAGAUAAUCCUUGAAUAUCUGAUGAAGAAGAUCAACAAUGAGGCGCUGCGCUGCAGCAGGAUCUAUACUGUUCAAUUUUAUGCUUCCACUCCAGAUGAUCUUUCUCAAAGAUUUAGAGCAAGUAGAGACCAGUGGUUUUUCUUCACACUGAGAGUGGUGGACAGGGCGGUAGCAGGGGGUGGUUAUUGGGAGCCUAUUACCUCUGAAACACACAUCAUGCAUAAUGACGAAAGAAUUGGGUCGCGCAUUACGUUGGCCUACUUUGCGGGGAAACCUCAAGAGUCUACUGAGACUGAUUGGUUGAUGCAAGAAUUCAGAGUAAUGAAUUCUAGUACAACACAACAAAACAGCAUGAGAUUGGAUGAAUGGGUUGUGUGUAAGGUGUGCAAGAGAAGUGGAAAUGCAGGCCGUAGAAUGAUGGCUGAUGUGGAUGGAGAGGAUUACUACACUGACAUGGAGUUUGACUCUGCAUCCACUACCCAAUCUAACCUGACAGGGGUUGACUCUGCAUCUACGUUUGAGAUAACAGAUUUUGACCCUUCUACAUCUAGUGGUAGCACCAAUCUAGAACAGAAUACAGUUGGAAAUGACAACAAAGCCAGCAAAGCUGCCAAGAACCAACAUGUUGAAAGCUCUCAUCUAAUUUCAACUGCUAGGUCACUGCCCUCUUACCAUCAACAAGUUCCCAGUUUUGCAUCUGAAUCACACUAUGGGACGGAGGAUUAUCACAGUCAACUACAGGUGCAGCAGGGACAUGAUCAACUCGAUGUGGAAGUGGAAUACGCAAGUUCGAGUUCUUCAUCCUGUGAUCCUAGUCCGUAACCACUCCCCUAUCAUCAUCAACAAGGAUCUGCCUUCAUAUCAUAUCUGAAUUAGUCAAUGGGAUGGAAACUUAUUCAGCUCAUUUUUAGGUGAAGGGAUAAGCUCCAUAUUAGAUAUUGAGGAAUUGUUCGGUAAUACGGCUGGGGGUUCAUAAAAAAAACCACAUUAGAUUAGGGUCUUAGUUCUAAUAAUCAGAGAUUAGUUCUGUAUGGUUACAAACUCCAGUUACAACACGGUGAAUCAUGAUUUUAUAAGAGUAUAGUAUGUGACUUGAA